CCCAACAAAACUUUCAAGGAACAAGAUCUCCCCCCUUGGUGGCCUUGGGGCAUCUGGCACAGCGAAGCAAAGCAAAGCAUUUCCCAUCGACUUGACCUCAUCACGCAAACUCUCACCCAGCAUUCACACUAGCAAUGCAAGAUCACAGCCAUUAUUAAUCCUCAGGAUCCCCGAGCCAUAUUUAAGACUCCUCCCUCCUCCCCUUCCCAUCUUCGUAACAAAAUCCAAUCUCCUUCUCUCCUACACCAGAUGGAGAAGAAGGAAUCAACCACCCCUAGCCCCUUAAACAUGUGCGAGAAGCUCUUCAACGCCUUCAAACCCGUUUUCCGCCCACUCCGCUACCUCACUUUCCACCAUCGGGGACCUGGAGGCAUCACCAAUCCUUCGUCGACUCGGCCAAACCCCUCUCAGGACUCCGGCGCAAAAGAUCCCAGUCCUCGAAAACAACUGGCCAUUGCACCCAAGGCUGAACCGCGCCAACCACUGCCAAAGCUUUUAGCGCCGCCGCCGCCGCCGCCGCCGCCGCCACCACCACCACCUUUUGAAUCAGUCCCAGUUCGGAAGGUUCCCGACAAGGCGGUGCCGAGCCUGGCACCACCAAAGGCGGUGACGACACUGCAACCGACGGCACCACAGGCGCCGAAACCACAACCACUGCCUCCGGAGGGAGCAGCGGCAAAGAAGAAUAUUAAUGAGAGGGUGGAGGAUUAUAUCAAAAGCGCUAAGGCUAAGAUGAGGACUGGCUCUGGUGUUGGAAGGGCGCCCAACUCUCAGUGAGGGAGUUGGCAGUUGAAUAUAUAAGAGAGAGAGAGCAUGACGGCAUAUAUGUUCCACCGAGUUUAAAUUAUUGAAAUGUUACUGUUAACACUUUUCGUUUGAUCGAUGUAUGCUUUCAACGUUGUAUGAGUUCGUGUGAAUAUAUGGUUUUCUUGAAGAAUAAAUUUGUUUGU